AAUUUGCUCCGCCCCAACCAGCCCGGGCCACUGACCAUUACUUUCACUUCCAGCUACUUUGGUACUUUCAGUUUUGAAGCGGGGGGAGGCCAAGGCGGGGGAGCAGGGGGGCUCGGCCCCGUCAAUUCAGCUACAAAUUCACACAAAUAAUGAGGGCGGGUCCGGUCUCAAACCCUCCGGCUCCGGCUCCGUGACCCCGUGUGCGGAUCCGGGGCUGCAGCCUCGGGCUGAGGUGAUGACAGCGACUCCCGGAGCACAAGAAAACAGCCUGCAGAACUGACUGUGUCCCCAGGCGAAGUUAAGAGCUGAGGCUGCUGGCACCGAAGCUGCCCUCUCCCUAGCACUGUGGGUGUGUCAGAGGAAUUUGAUCUUUGUGCCAUAACCGUCCAGAGGAGGAGCCAGUCACAGUCACGUUCCUGCCUCUCUCCUUCUUUCGGUUUUGAAGCUGGUGGAUGUGCCAAGAGAGGACAGUGCUUCCAUUACAUAUAAAAUAUAUUAACUUAAUGAAAAGCUCAGGGGCAGGCUGGAGUUAAUCCCUGUGGCUCCCUGACCCCUCCGUCAGGAUGGAUGAUACAGUCUGGGAAAGGGACACAGUCACUGGGAGCAGGAGCUCUCCCUAGAGAGAAUGGCUCUGGGUGCUAGCGAAGCUGAGAGAUUGGAACGGCUCAGAAACGACUCCACAGGACUCCGCAGCUCCCUGAAGCCAACCCUGUAAGCCGUGUCGUCAGUCGCCCCUCCCUCCGUCAGAGCAACGGCAGACAAUCGUUCCGCGCCUUUUUUCUGUGCGGACGCCAUACCAAGGCAAGCAUGGAGGCCGCUCAGCUCACUUUGGCAAUUAGGAGCACAUUAACCACCACACGCAUUAUCCAGCAGUAUAUGCAGCACCAGAACAUGGCAACGCGAUACCGGGCGAGGAGGCGACGUCAGCGCGGUCCCGUGAGUGAUCAGGACAUGGACACAGAUUUCUCUGAAAGCAUGGGCCCUGACAAUGCAUGCAUCAUGGUGCUAAUGGGGCAGGUUCAUGCUGUGGAACGCCGAUUCUGGGCUCGGGAAACAAGCACAGACUGGUGGGACCGCAUAGUGUUGCAGGUCUGGGACGAUUCCCAGUGGCUGCGAAACUUUCGCAUGCGUAGGGGCACUUUCAUGGAACUUUGUGACUUGCUUUCCCCUACCCUGAAGCGCAUGAAUACCAAGAUGAGAGCAGCCCUCACAGUUGAGAAGCGAGUGGCGAUAGCCCUGUGGAAGCUUGCAACGCCAGACAGCUACCGGUCAGUUGGGAAUCAAUUUGGAGUGGGCAAAUCUACUGUGGGGGCUGCUGUGAUGCAAGUAGCCCACGCAAUCAAAGAUCUGCUGAUAUCAAGGGUAGUGACCCUGGGAAAUGUGCAGGUCAUAGUGGAUGGCUUUGCUGCAAUGGGAUUCCCUAACUGUGGUGGGGCUAUAGACGGAACCCAUAUCCCUAUCUUGGCACCGGAGCACCAAGCCGCCGAGUACAUAAACCGCAAGGGGUACUUUUCGAUAGUGCUGCAAGCUCUGGUGGAUCACAAGGGACGUUUCACCAACAUCAACGUGGGAUGGCCGGGAAAGGUGCAUGAUGCUCGCAUCUUCAGGAACUCUGGUCUGUUUCAAAAGCUGCAGGAAGGGACUUUAUUCCCAGACCAGAAAAUAACUGUUGGGGAUGUUGAAAUGCCUAUAUGUAUCCUUGGGGACCCAGCCUACCCCUUAAUGCCAUGGCUCAUGAAGCCGUACACAGGCAGCCUGGACAGUAGUCAGGAGCUGUUCAACUACAGGCUGAGCAAGUGCAGAAUGGUGGUAGAAUGUGCAUUUGGACGUUUAAAGGCGCGCUGGCGCAGUUUACUGACUCGCUUAGACCUCAGCGAAACCAAUAUUCCCACUGUUAUUACUGCUUGCUGUGUGCUCCACAAUAUCUGUGAGAGUAAGGGGGAGACGUUUAUGGCGGGGUGGGAGGUUGAGGCAAAUCGCCUGGCUGCUGGUUACGGGCAGCCAGACACCAGGGCGGUUAGAAGAGCACAGGAGGGCGCGGUACGCAUCAGAGAAGCUUUGAAAACCAGUUUCAUGACUGGCCAGGCUACGGUGUGAAAGUUCUGUUUGUUUCUCCUUGAUGAAACCCCCCGCCCCUUGGUUCACUCUACUUCCCUGUAAGCUAACCACCCUCCCCUCCUCCC